AUGGAGGCCAUGUUUGCUCGCCAGUAUGUGUCAGCAAAAUCGACCAUCAAGUUUUCUAUCAGUUCACUCCUGAUUCCAGCGGUUCUCAUCACCUUGUCGUUUGCCUUCACACGACAGCGGAGAAACAUGUUGCUAUCCUGCCUGGGUGGACGACCAGGGCUAGCCUUCCCCAUGGACUCACUGACCCCCUCCAGAAUAUCCUACGCAUGCGCAUUUGGAGCCACAGCCUUCCUCGCCUACGACAUCGUGAUGGAAGGAAGACUCAUCAUCGAUACACCAGUCGACAAGACUGCAAGAUCCUUCGCCGCCAUCCUGUCGGUGCUGGUGUACGGGAUGGUCUUCUUCCCUGUCUUCGCCUGCCUCGCUCUCAGCUCUGUCUUCGGCUUCGUGCUGGGGGCGCUGUACGUGUGGAUGCUGCUGAGUGUACAGAUCUUCAAACUGACUGAGUGCCAGACCACACCUCAAGGGAGAAUACUGCUGGUUCUUCAGAGCCUACCCAUCCUGCUGUGCUUGAUAUACCUCAGUGUGUCCAUCCCUGUCCGGAUCGUAAUUUGUUUCCGGAAGGGUCAGUAUUUCAUUGGAAACACGACUUCGCUAACACAAGAGAACAUCAAGGAAAGCUACGCUGGGCAUCAUGUCACCAAGCUCUUCAGAAAGCCAAGAGUCAAAAAACCUGUUGAAGGGAGAAAGGCAGCAAUGCAAGCUGCAGCUAAGAGACUGGUCUAUCAGUUUGUCUACCACAGGAAGAAAGGUUUCCGUUACCCAGCUCGAAUUCUGUCUGUCAUGUUGUUGGGUGUGAUGGUGGUGUACAUUCUCGCCUUUCAGAUUGUGGCGUUGACAUCAUCGCGGAGCUGGUGGAACUGCAAGAAGUCAUCACAAGCGUCUUCAGUGAGACGGAGAAUGAUGAUGAUGAAGCGAGCGACACAGAACGGACACUAUUCAGCUGCUAUUGUAUCUAGUGGAAGUGUUGUAGCCAUGGUGUUUUGUGUUGUUGCCAUGUUCGUGGCGAUCGCCCUGGCUACAUUCUUUUCCAUCCUCAACGUUCUUCACGCGCUGACCAGCUACAGAAACAAUUUACUUGCACUGUACAAGGGAGAUCACUCCAACAUCCCACCGGCUGAAGCAGGCGGCAACGUCAGUUACUGUGUAAACAGUAUCAAAUAUGGAGGAUUUCAAGUUGGUUACAUUGUAUGGGGGUUCAUCAUUCAAUUUGCUGUCCUGACGCUGAUCUGUUUCCUGCUCGCCAUCGUCGUCUUGUUACUGGAGGGAGGCUACUACCAGUGGAUCCUAGAUCUUUUGCUUAUCUUCUGGCCAGUAAUUCUGGUAACAGUGAUAAUCAUGGUGACACAAAAUCUUCUUGCCAGAUUCGUCUUCUUACAAGGGAGAGGCAUUUACCUGGCACUUGAUAACAGAUUUUGUUUUUUCAUCUUUACCUACUUCAUGUUCUUCUACAAUAUCUUCUUGGGUCUCAUCUCCUGUCUUCUGAGGAUCGUCAAAGCAAUUGUCCUCGGCAUCAUUUUCCUCGGUCGCCUUGACAACAGCACGUUGUCUAGAAAGUUCGAAUUUUUUGAUCCAGGUUUCUCUGCUUACCGGGGCUUCAUGCACAUGGAGUGUGCCCACACUCACCCUGUGGUCAUCGUCUUCGCACGACUGGUCAUUCAAACUUGGGAAGCAAGUAAACAAGGACGAGUCCCGCAGUCCGUCCAUUCUACUGAAGGAGAGAUGGAUGUCAAGGUCAGCUUACUGGACAUAGACACACAGAGUGAAGACGCACCGGCGCCGCAGCAUGAAGGCUCGCUCCAACUGGCAAGUGACGUACACGCUGCUGCACAACCCGGAGCUGCGCGUCACGCGCAAGGGCUUCAUGCAGCUGUUACGUCAGGCGCGCGAGCUGGGCGUACACAUCCCCAUCUCCGACAACCAGGCCAACAUCAACGUCGACAGUCUGGCCGAGCAGAUCCAGCAGGCUAAAGACCUCCCCAAGUCUACUCACAGCAAAAAGGAGAUGGAGGCGAAAAUACAGGUAGACGACAUGAAAUGUGAGAGGGUGUGACAACAACAGGUCUGUCAAUAACAGGCGUCACAACAACAGGUGUCACAACGUGACAACAACAGGUGUGUCAACAAUAGCAUUGACAACAACAGGUGUGACUGAACAAGUGUGACAACACACGAGACCACACACUGAUAUAUUAUAUUAUACUGAUUUCUCCCAGUCAAUGUUUUGAUGGUGUUUUUGUCUCGUCCUAAAUUCAGUGUCGCUUUUAACGGGCGACAAUCAUAUGUAGUUGCUUUCCACACAUGUAUACGAAUGUUGUGUGUUUGUUUCACCUUUCCUAGUGGAGGAGAUACUGUAAAAAUAAACAACAUUAUUGCUGUUAUUACCACCAUUGCUGUCUUAUUAUGAUUAUUAUUAUUAAUUGUGCCUUUGCUCUAUAUAAAAGUGAAAGUAUUUUUGAAGAAUAAGUUUAUACAAGGUUUAUCCUUUUCUCCUCUACUCAUGCAGAAAACUUUGUGAGAAGAUUUCUUGUUCUUUGCAUUUAUUUGAAUGAUGUUUUAAUGUGAAGUUUGUAUCUGCUUUUAUUAUUGAUGUUACUCUUUUGUAACACAGAACAAAAAUGCCUUUUAAUUCUAAUUACUGUAGCAAGUAAAUAGUUGUUUGACUCCUGUGUGCAAGAGCAGAUUCGUGUAAGCUACGUGGCAAGAAAUGUAAUUAUUCACAUUACCAGUCUGGUUAAUUCUGUCCAACAGUUUCACCAUAUGCUCCAUAAUACAUAGCCUGGUAGUUAGGACUUGUUGACUGUUUGUCUGAAGGCAAGGCGAUGAUCUGUGACAUGAUCACUUAUUCCAACAAGUAAACAUCAGGGUGGGGACACUCCGAAUACAAUAGAAUUUUUUUUUAACAAAUAAAAGUCAUUCUCUCUCCUGUCCCUCGGAAGCGAUGGAAGAAUCUGAAUAGUGGUUUGUCACCAUUUUUAAUUGAAGAAAACAAUUCCUCGCUUGUUGUCACCAAUAUUACAAAGGGGUACAACAACCUCGUUAGGGUAAAAGUCUACCUAAAGACAGAUAACAUAGAUGGCCACAGUCAUUCCCUGCAUUUUCUCCAUCUUUGGACAAGGAAAGAGGCUAGAAUAUUCCCUUGAUGCUCUGUGAACAUACAUCCGCGUGUGACAAUAAUAUUUGAGAAUUACUCUAGUGAUUAAAUUACACAGGGAAUCAAGGACUGUCACUUGCACUUACCAUCUUAAAGUUAUUGUCUUGCUUAAAGUGUGUACAUGUUGUCUUAAGAGUUGUUUCGUUUAAGAUCAGGUAUUGCUUUGUUGUUUUACAUUUUUUCUCAGGAAUCGACUUUGUAUUUUAUUGUCUUCCCCUAAUUCAGUAUUGUUUAUAAAAACUUUGAUAUUCGAUG